UAAAUAAUUGUAUUUCAUUGCACUCAUGCCUCUAUCUUGUUUCUGUUUAGAGUAUGUAUAUAUUGUGUAUAUAUUAGUGUGUAUAUUUCUGUUUUGGUUGAUAUGUAUGUGUAAGCACAGUGUGAGCAAUGCUCCAAAGACAAAUUCCUCGUAUGUGUCCUCAUACCUGGCGAAUAAAGCCGAUUCUGAUUCUGAUUCUGAUUCUGAUACACCCUACUGGUGAGUCAGCAGAAUACACCCUACUAGUGAGUCAGCAGAACACACCCUACUGGUGAGAGCAGAAUACACCCUACUGGUGAGAGCAGAAUACACCCUACUGGUGAGUCAGCAGAAUACACCCUACUGGUGAGUCAGCAGAACACACCCUACUGGUGAGUCAGCAGAAUACACCCUACUGGUGAGUCAGCAGAACACACCCUACUGGUGAGUCAGCAGAAUACACCCUACUGGUGAGUCAGCAGAACACACCCUACUGGUGAGUCAGCAGAAUACACCCUACUGGUGAGUCAGCAGAACACACCCUACUGGUGAGUCAGCAGAACACACCCUACUGGUGAGUCAGCAGAAUACACCCUACUGGUGAGAGCAGAAUAUACCCUACUGGUGAGUCAGCAGAAUACACCCUACUGGUGAGUCAGCAGAAUACACCCUACUGGUGAGUCAGCAGAACACACCCUACUGGUGAGUCAACAAAAUACACCCUACUGGUGAGUCAGCAGAAUACACCCUACUGGUGAGAGCAGAAUACACCCUACUGGUGAGAGCAGAAUACACCCUACUGGUGAGAGCAGAACACACCCUACUGGUGAGUCAGCAGAAUACACCCUACUGGUGAGUCAGCAGAAUACACCCUACUGGUGAAUCAGCAGAAUACAGCCUACUGGUGAGAGCAGAAUACACCCUACUGGUGAGAGCAGAAUACACCCUACUGGUGAGAACAGAAUACACCCUACUGGUGAGAACAGUAUACACCCUACUGGUGAGUCAGCAGGACACACCCUACUGGUGAGAGCAGAAUACACCCUACUGGUGAGUCAGCAGGACACAGACCUGAACCUGACUGAAUCUAUCCAUCCAUCCAUCCAUCCAUCUAUCUCUCUAUCUUUACAGUGAUACCACAUCAUUUACUAAAAAAGUUCCUCUACAAGACUCUAUCACGACGUGGCAGUUCCUCGGCAUCAGUCUGUCCAGGACUCAUGGGCUGUGCGUGGCCGAGCCUCUGGAGGUGAUCGUGAGGAAGGAUUUCUUCAUCGACCUGCGGCUGCCGUACUCGGCCGUCCGGGGAGAACAGCUGGAGAUCAAAGCCAUCCUCCACAACUACACCCCCGACCGCAUCGCCGUGCAUGUGUACCUGAUGGAAGAGGAGCAUGUGUGCAGUUCAGCCUCCAAACGGCUCCGGUACCACCAGGAGGUCCACAUGGGGGGGCAGACCACCCGAUCGGUGCCCUUCAUCAUCAUCCCCAUGAAAGAAGGAACAUAUAACAUCGAGGUCAAAGCAGCUGUUAGAGAUGUUGGUGGUAUGGGUUCUGGGAUGUCUGAUGGGAUCGCAAAGAAGCUGCUGGUGGUGCCUGAAGGCGUCCUGGUUAAAUCUCCUCAGAUCAUAACUCUAGACCCCGUUAAUGAAGGUGUAGGUGGAAAACAGGAAGUAAUUCUCAACAGUCAGAUUCCUGAACACUAUAUGGUCCAAAGUGCACCUAAAACCACCCAGAUCUCUGUGACAG